UAAUUCACUUGGAGACUCACGUAUCAUCAAAACAAUGCCUUCCGGAAAGCCAUCCUACAAAGUCGCCGAUAUGACGUUGGCCGACUUCGGUCGUAUGGAAAUCACAUUGGCCGAAGAGGAAAUGCCCGGUCUGAUGGCAAUGAGAUCCAAAUAUGGACCUGUGAAACCGUUGAAGGGAGCACGUAUUGCCGGAUGCUUGCAUAUGACCGUUCAAACGGCCGUUCUCAUUGAAACUCUUCUCGAACUUGGGGCU